AUGGCCGCUGGUGGGACCGUCGAGAGCGAAAAGCAAGACUCGCUGGCUUCGGCAACCGCUGCGAACAGCGUGCAAGGCCAUGACCCCGAGCAGCAAGGCAAAGACAUCCUACAACAAGAAGAGUCUACCUGGAUGCAGUAUUUAAUGACCGAUGUGGACCCUAAGGAGUCGACAGGACCUUUGGCGGCGUUUUGUUUUAUGACUGGAUACAUGUUGAGUGGUCGUUAUUUAGCGAUUGCUCGACUCUGGGAAGGAACACCGGGGAGCACCCACUUCCACCGCGCCGAUCAGCAAGCCCUCUGUUCCCUCAUCGCCUUCAACGCCGGCUCUUUCCUCGGUCGAAUAGGCGACAAAAUCGGGCCCCAGAAACGCCUAUGGCUUGUCCUCGGAACCUUCAUCCAGGCGCUUCUCACCAUGGCAGGCGCCAUCGCCUUCUGGAAGAGCGGCCAGAACGACCUGGCGGACACACGGGCCAUCCCAGCUUGGUCGAACGUGCUCUCCUUUGUUGGUCUGGCGUUUAUUAGUGCCAGUUUGGGUUUGCAGGGUGUCCUUGGCAAGAGGCUGAACACUGCAUUCGGAACUACCAUCGUUUUGACAACGGUCUGGGUGGAGCUGAUGACCGACCCGAGUUUGUUCAACCUGCGCCAAAAGGUCAUCUCUCGAGACUUGCGGCUGAUUGCAGCGUCGUCGUUGUUCCUCGGAGCCUUCAUUGGGAGGGCUAUUCUCGCCCAGAUUGGAUAUGCUGGGACACUGGGAGUCGCGGUUGGAUUGAGGGUCCUGAUUUCCAUCGCGUGGGCGUUUGUGCGCUCGAAACCCAAGAACGCGACUCCGCCUCCUGCCGUCUCGGGAGCGUGAAGGAGCCGAACCGUCCUUCCUUCCCCCCGCGUGGUUUGAUUCCAUUAGAGCUCCACCCUCCGUUCGUUUUGCGGUACGAUAAGAUCUCGAGGGUUUAUUUCUUGGGUACAGUUAUCUCUUAAUUAUCCGCUUCGAUUUUCUUGACGCGCUUCCUUUGUUAUAUGAUACACGCUCGCACUGCCAGCAGCAGCAUCACGAUACCUACGCACACCCGCCAUGAUUCCCGCUAGACGAUUUGAUAUCUAUCUUCUUC